CAGCAAAGCACAGUCUGCACAGAGAGAGACAGAGACGGGAGGUAGUUACUCUGUCUCUGUCUGUGCCAGGUGGGACUCCUCAUCCACACAUCAUCUCUCGCUCGCUCUCUCUCUCUCCACACUUCAUCAUUUACCCAGAGGCUGCACCACCAUCUGUACAGCAACAAACAAAGUUUAAACGAAAAGAACUGGAAUUAAGAAAGAGAAGGCUCACAAGGAUUGUGUUUAUUUAUUUCUGAAAGACAAUUUGUCAGACCCAUCCCUUUGUGUGUGCCUGUAUGUGUUUGGGGGCUGUGGAUUUUGCUGUGACAUUAAUGAGUCCGUUUUCAUCUGCAAAUCCUAGGAUGGAUUGAAGCCCACGUUUCUUGACUGAAGAUUGCAAGUCACGAGCCGCUUUUUUUAUCCUUGGAGAGAGGAAAAAAAGAAACAUUUGUGGUCCCUUUUCUACUGCAACGGAUUUGGAAAACUUUGUUGGAAUUUUUUCCCCCUGUUGUGUGACGAUUCAAGCCUCUUGUGGAAAUCUGACUGACUUGGAUCCCUUCAUCUCGCUUUUGGAUUUUUGUUCUGACACAUACACACAGACAUAGACACACACACAUAUAUUUCUCGCUUUGUUUGCAUCGCCCCUGUGAAGAUGGUGUGGAUUGCGCUCUCUCUGGCUUUUCUGGGACUGCUAUCCUCUCCUGUUCAAGGGGAGCAAAGACCUAAGACCUGCUCGGACAUGAAAUAUCUUUACAGCUCCAAGGGGUUCGCAGUGACUGGGGUGCCUUCAACCGAGAUCUCUGGAGAGCACCUGCGGAUCUGCCCACAGGGUUACACCUGCUGCACCAGUGAAAUGGAGGACAACCUGGCCAAAAGGAGCCGCAGUGAAUUCGAGACACUGGUGAGGAACGCCAGCCGUACGGUGCAGAUGAUGCUCAUGACACAGCACAACAGCUUUGACAGCUAUUUCCAAGGUCUGCUGGACCAAUCGGAAAAGAACCUUCACAGGAAGCUUACGCACAUGUCUGGACUCCUUUGCUUUGAGAAUAACAAAAUCUUUAAGGACCUGUUCAGCGAGCUUCGCCAUUACUACAAAGGCACCAACAUCAACCUGGAGGAGGUGCUGAAUGAGUUCUGGUCAAGGCUGAUGGAGUGCCAAUUCAAGCAUCAGAACCCACACUACCAGAUCAGCGAUGAGUACCUGGAGUGUAUGGUUAAGCACGCAGAGCAGCUGAGGCCCUUUGGUGAGGUGCCUCGGUUCUUCAAGAUAAGGCUAACUCGGGUGUUCAUUGCCGCUCGCUCCUUCGUGCGGAGUCUCAGCCUUGGCACAGAUGUCGUAAAGAAAGUCUCUCAGGUGCCUCCAAGCCCAGAGUGUGUUCGAGCCAUGAUGAGAUUGAUGUAUUGUCCUCACUGUCGGAGCAUGGCAAGUGUGAAACCCUGCAACAACUACUGCCUCAACAUCCUGAAGGGCUGCCUGGCCAAUCAAGCUGACCUAGACAGCGAAUGGAGGAACCUAGUCGACUCGAUGCUUCAGGUGGCUGACAGGUUUAAUGGACCGUCAAACAUGGAGUCGCUGGUUGAUACAAUUUACAUGAAGAUUGCCGAAGCAAUACAGACCAUGCAAGAUAACAGAGCUCACAUCUCAUCAAAGGUUCUUCAGGGCUGUGGUAGCCUCAAAUCGGUGAGCAAAAGAUCAGCCGAGGAUGAUCCAAAGAAACGUGGAAAGCCAUACCCAGUAGAGGAGAAGCCGGUCAGUCUGGUCACUCUCCCCAUGGACAGACUGGUUACUGAAGUCAAGAUGAAGCUCCGAGAUAUUAAGGAAUUGUGGGUCAUGCUCCCCAGUGCCCUAUGCAGCGAGAAGAUGACCGCAGGGUCAGCCAAUGAAGACAGAUGUUGGAAUGGGCAGAGCAGAGGGAGGUACCUCCCGGAGGUCAUGGCAGAUGGAUUAGCCAAUCAGAUUAAUAAUCCAGAGGUUGAGGUUGACAUCACCAAACCGGACAUGACCAUUCGUCAGCAGAUCAUGCAGCUGCGGAUAAUGACCAAUCGACUGCGAAAUGCCUACAAUGGGAAUGACGUGGAUUUCCAGGAUACGAGUGACGAUAGCAGUGGAUCGGGAAGUGGCGACUCCUGCUCAGAGGAUGGCUGUGGCAGGAGAAGGUUUAUCAAUGCUGCAACCCGGUCACCCGUUGUCUAUGCCAUCCCAGAGCAGAGUGGGAAAUCCAAACUAGGAAAUGGUGGUAAUGUCCUGCGAUGCUCAGCCACCUUUGUCCACCUUCUGGCUUUGGUCCUUGCCCUGCCAUUUUUCUGGCGGUAGAAUUCUUUGUGGGGCAUGAGAGAGAGACUGAGGCAAAACCUUUGCCAAAAAGGACAAGCAUUUUGUUUAACCUUGCAACAAGAUAAAAGAAUCUUAUGGCUAUUUGUAAAUUCUGGCGGUGCUGGAGGUGAAUAUACUUUGGAUCUUUGAACACUUUGGGGAGGGGAGUUUCCUCUGUGCAGUUGGAGGAGGUCCCAGUACUUUUCAAGCCGAAAUUUUUUCCCCACCUUUUGGACAUCUGGUCACCCAUUCUCAACACAACACAAACACAGGCUCCCACUGGGAGACCAGGAGAUUUCUGUGUAUAGAAAGGCUAAUAAUAAAAAAAUCUUAAGGCUGAGAUUGAACUCCUGUUCUUGAAGGUAAACAUGCCAGCGAAGUAUGAUCUGGUACAUCAUGCACAUUGUCAGUAUGGGCACCCACAGUAAUGUCAUGUGGAUGUUAUCCCUAUAUUUCAGAUGAUUUGCAUCAUUGAGGAAUACCAGGAUCAGUCUCCCUGGAGAUUUUUUUUCCCCGAUAGCAAGGCUAUUUGGUUCUUCUUAGCCUGUAGUGUAUGAAGCGUUGGUAUAAUUGUUUGUGAAAUGUCCUUAUUGCGGGGUUCUCUGUUUCUCAUAUUAAGCCUUUAAGAGCAAAACGGUGGUUGAUAUUUCUCAAAAGGUCAGAGAUCGACUGAUGCUACUUGUACUGUUGUUAACGCUGCACUGUCAAGAUGGUAGAGAAUGGGAUUAUUAAGUGGGGUGGGGGUGGGGGGGGGUGCAGGUAGGAUGAGCGUGGGAAGUUACCUUCUGCAGGAGUUAAAACAUUUUUAAAAAUUGGAUUAUUGAGACCAUCCUCCUAUUGUGACACAAAUGCCUCCUCAAUGGCACAGACAGGAAUCUGCUGUCAUCUCUUGCAGGCGAGUAACUUGUAUUCAUUUUUGUUUCAACAGAAGGGUUAAUGGAAAAAUAGAAUAGGCAGACGAGAUGUUUUUAAAAGAGAAAAUGAUUACAAGCACACCCGUGCAAAAAGCCAACUUGAAGCUGACCUGGGGUGGCCGAUUAAUAUUCAGCAGCGAGUGCAUAGGGAGAUGAUGGAUAAAAUGUCCCCUUGCUUUCUCGUUCUUGAAUUUUCAGUUUACUGAAAAAUCGAGGUCAAUAAAUGAGUAUGCUGAUGGUCGUGGGGCAGAGGGUGGGGCUGAUAAAAAGGGAACGGGCCUUAGAUCAGAUACCUUAUGUAUGUUGUCCUUGUGUGGUAGAGCUGUAGAAGCAUUGUUGUGUUUUAAAAUAUGGCUACCAUUUUAAGCCCAAAAGCUAACAGCCAAUGGAGGCAUUCUGCGGUAUGAGUGCUGGGAAAUGUUAGGUCUAAAAGGGUGGUCACUGCCUUUGAACUGCAAAAUUAAAGAAGGGAAAAUAAUUAAGUUGCAUUGCUUGAAAAGACAUAAAAACAAGAUAUCUCGCUAGGUGGGGAAGGGAUGGUUUUGCUGUGGCAAUAGUGAGCUGGCUGUGGAACAACUAUUCAGCUUCCCAGUUGUGCCCGUUCAUUCUAGGAAUUCAUUUUGUCCUCAACAUUGCCUUGUAUGCCUUUUGCAUUUUGGAAAAAAUUAAUAAAAAAACAAAAUUGCACACAGAAAUGGCAUGCUAACCUCCAAUUUAUUUCCAUUAGUUCUCUUUUUUAGCAUUUUUAGUUUUCUGUUUAAUUUAACAUUUCAUUUCAAGCCUACACAUACCCAACUCUUCCCACCAAAAGUCAUUUCAGUCUUAUGUAAAGUAUGUAGUUAGGUAUUUUCUCCAACAAUGAUUUGAUGUGUUGGUGGUGACCCUGGAUAUGCUGCUGUUACCCAGUGGUAACUUGGAUAACCUCGCAACCACCACCCCCUCAUCCAGUGAUGACCCCUGUGUAAACCAAAAUUCCCUUAUUCAAUGGUUACCCUGGAUAUGCCUGCCCUCAUUCAGUGUUGACCCUGGAUAACCCACUCACCCUACCUCACCCAAUGGGAACCCUGGAUAACACCCCACCUCCUCACCCAGUGGUGACCCUGGAUAACUCCUCACCCCUUUGCCCAGUGGUGACCCCGGAUAUCCCCUCCCCCUCCCCCUGCUCCCCACCCCAUGAGCAGUUUGCCUCAUUUUACAGAGAGUAACCUUUGGGUGUAUGUAUAUCAUUUGCUUAUAGACCUCCAUGAAAUAAAAUUUGGUAUUUAAAAAAAAACAGGUACUUUAUAUAGUAGGCUGGGUCACAGAUGUCACAUGGUAACUAAUGUAGAAGAUUUCUUUGUUCACAUUUUUAAAUUACAUUUCUACUCAAUAAUUCUCCAUGACAUGUCACAACAGAAAGCACUGGGAUUGAUACAAAAAUGAAAAAAUAAAGGCUAAAACAAAGUCAAAUAUAUUGGCGGCUUAAAAUAGAAGUUGUCUGUCACGACCUGACAGAUUUAUAAAGAUUCCCACUUUCAAACUCCGUUCAAACCGCUCAAAUCUCCUCAGAAUAUUUCAUUUAUUAAAAACUGUUUUUUGGUUUUUCUCCAUCAGACUGACCACACAGUUGAGGAUUAAAUCCCUGUUCCCUUUUCUUUGGGUCCUAUUUUACAUGCAUAUUGCUAAUAUUCCAGCUGGUGGUUGUGAUUCUUUCAAAAAAUAUAUAUUUUAAUAAUUUUUUGCACUGUCUUAACUUUAGGUUUUAAAAUAAAAUGUAAUUGGGACCAAGCUGGUUUGAAAUUUAAGGAUCUAACAAUGCUGGAGGGGUUAUUUUCUCGCUGCAUGUGUUAUUCGAUAUCCACCUUCCACCCCCUGGCCCCCACCUCCCCCACACCAAGUUCCUGAUUUUUUUUCUCUGUAAUUCUCAGUUACUGAUUGCUGUAACGAAGCUUCUGUUAUUUGCAGUUGUUGUCUGGAUAACUUUUAACUUCACUUGCUUUUGAGUAAAGCCUAACAUGAAUUACUCUAUAUUUGAUACUAAAUGUCUUCUCUCAUGCUGUUCCCCCACCUCUUGAGUUUCCUCAUGCUUUUCUUCCAUGCUUUUCAUGUCUUCUGUGAGUUCCCCCACCACUCCCUCUCUCUUUCUCACAUUCUUUCUGAGUCGUUCUAUUGCAUUUUUUUCCCUCUCAAAUUAUUCUCUCUCUCACACGUUCUCUUGCAUGGUAGGGAGUAAACUUUUACAAUGAGACAAGAGUUGCAGCUUACAUUCAAUUAAAACUUUUCAGUGUCUUUGAGUGAAUGGUUUAGGAUUUUUUAUAUUACCGCAGGUGUAAAUUUUUGUAAAAUCUAUUAAUUUAAAAAGAAAGCGACCAUUUGAUGACAAUAACAAGGGUUGGGAGAAUGGUUUAAUGCGAUUGGAGGAGAAAGUCUUUUUUAGUUAUGGGACCUAUGUACCAACGGUAGUUAAGUCGCUGUAUGGAGGAAUGUACACACACACUGCUUUCGGGGUUGCAAGGCGCCGAACCAAUUGAAUGGCCUUGUAAAAUCUUAAAACCUGGUGCGCUUGUCCAAUGUGGAAUUGCUAGUCGAGUCUGGCUUCAGGGGGCUGCAAGGGUAGAUGAUGAGAGGGUCUCUUCUCCCUUUCACUCAUCCCAGCUAACAGGUCACCUUUUAUGAGUGUGGAGAAGGGGCAUUGGCAAUAGUUUUACAGACACAGCAUAGCAAGCAUGUACAUCUAAAAAUAACGAAACAUAAAAGGACAAUCUCUAUUCCUUUCCCCAUCCCUUCACCAUUUUAAGUUGCUUUAACUGUACUUUCCUGUCUUUUGUACUAAUAUCAGCUCAGGGUUCAUGCAGUUCAGACACUAAGCAUGCAGGGACGGCCUUGAAAGGCCUACCUUUAUCCUGUGAUGUUUGACACUUUACAUAAUCAUUGGUCAUCUUUUGAGAAUUCAUUUGGGACAGUGGGGGGGGGGUGGGUUAGGAUCAGGGCAUCUUGUGCACCAUCAUUGGUAACACACGCAUCGUGACUGGUCUUUACAAAAAGGCAGCGUCUGACUUAUUGGGGCCUUUCAACUGCCUCUAGUUUCUCGGUUCUGUUUUGUUUCAGUACCUGGCGAUUGGCAGAGUGUGUUGGGUUUUUCGCCAUUCCUAGGGGUAAGGUUGGUGGUGUGGUUGCUGGGAUUUGGUUUGAUCUCCUUGCAGGUUAAGCAAGCCUGUUCAAUCUGGCAUGCGCACUGCACCAAUAGGGCCCUUACAGUUUGUUUGUUGGCCUGGGGCCAAACUCUAGCAAGCAAGGGGGAGAUUGCUGGAGGGAGGGAUUCCCUAUGGCUACCCCCUCUUAAAUUUCCAGGUGGAAUUUUCUUCUCAUUUAUCAUAGUAAUAAGUGGAAUGAGGGAUAAAAAUUGUAGCCCAGUUAUGUCCAAAGGUCUUACAAGGAGGAGGGACCAUUUUGCCCACCACAGCAUACAUUUCUCUUGCUCCCAAUUCCUGGCCUGGUUGCCAGCAAUUUUCCUCAGACAUUUCAAUUUGUUUUCCCCAAAGCACCAAAAUGUUGAACAGACCUUUUUAGGGUCAGGAGGAGAGCGGAGAGCCUUUUAUAUCAGGGAGGACCUCUUAAGUGGCUGUUAUCACAAAAGUGCAUUGUCACCAUGCCAACGACAGCCUCGGGCCUCGGUAGCACAACUCCUGCCCCUGUGGCCAUGUCAACUCAGUGGAUUGUUUUACUCACUUCAUGGGUUCACUGAUGUAGAGAAAAGCUUUGCCCCAUCAAGUUGAAACACCUCACAAGUCAUUCUGUGCCUUUUUAAACUCAAAAGGAAUGUAUUAAAUGUCAAUAUGGUAGUCUCUCUUUAAUUUUAAUGUUGAUCGUUUGAUUGGGCUGUUUACUGUCAAUAACCUCCAAGACUAAGAUGCUUUGGAAAUCAGUGUUGUUAAGUCUUUCUUUAUUGUGUUAUUUUGUUGCUUUAAAAAAAUAACAAAAGUACACAUUCACCCGUUUACUAGACUUUUGGUUUCAAAGCUUUUCAAAAAAUAAAAAGAACAUUUUGAGUCUAA